UAAGUGAAUGAGUCAUUGUGGGGGGUAUUGGGGAGUUCCCAGCUAAUCAGCCUGGGACAGGACAGCCUGAAUGCUGGAUCAUUUUGUUUUUAUCCAAAUGCGGAGUGGGCACCGACAACAAUACCCUAGGGUACUGUCCAGGGCUCCUGGCACUGAAGGAGGCAGCCAGCCGCCUGGGAGCUCAUGUGUACAAAAUGAGAACAAUGGGCUUUUCCUCCUCUCUCAGAAUGUUUGCCCCAGGUAAAGGUAUCUUAAGAAUCACAGGAGAAGGGGCAGAGAGUUAGAGUACUGGCUACCUCUGUGUGUCUGGCAGAAGGUGGAGAGACAGGAGCCACCUGGGGGCCUGAACCUUCCCAAUGUCUGACUGAGUUCCCUCUGUAGCCUUCAGCCUUACUGGACUACUCAGAUCAAACACCCUCGAGCAAUUCAGGCCUGGGUGUGGCUGGAGGAAGAGAGUUUGGGGGGACGAGACGUCAGGAAGGAGCAGAGAUUCCCCGAUUUCACAAAAUUUCGCAAAACAGCUUUUCCCCAACCCCCUGCAUUGUCCUGGGCGACAGAAGAAAAUUUGCAUAAAUCCUGGGAAAUUAUUACUAAGCCUGAGUUGCCCCAGCCGCAGGUAAUUUCCUCCCAGGCCUUGAUGGGGUUCUGUAUAAAAGCCCCCGGGAGCAAGGCUCUGACAGAACCCAGAGCUGCAGCUCAGAUCACCCCGAAUCAAUCCAUGGCUCAACUUUCUGCCCAGAGCCGCAGGAAGCUGAUGGCCCUACAGCUGCUACUGUGGCACAGCGCACUCUGGACAGGACAAGAAGCCAUCCCCCUGGUCUCUGUCACCUCUCUGCCACCACCCCUGCCUUGGCCCCAGAGCUUCCUGCUGAAGUCCUUGGAGCAAGUGAGGAAGAUCCAGACCAGGAACUCGGAGCUGCUGGAGCAGCUGUGUGCUACCUACAAGCUGUGCCACCCGGAGGAGCUGGUGCUGCUUGGUCACUCUCUGGGCAUCCUGCAGGCGCCUCUCAGCCGCUGCUCCAUCCAGGCCCUGCAGCCGACAAAGUGCCUGAGCCAGCUCCACAGUGGACUCUUCCUCUACCAAGGCCUCCUGCAGGCCCUAGCGGGCAUCUCCCCCGAGGUGGCCCCCACCUUAGACAUGCUACAGCUGGAUGUUGCCAACUUUGCCACCACCAUCUGGCAGCAGAUGGAAACCCUGGGGGUGGCCCCCACCGUGCAGCCCACCCAGAGCACCCUGCCAACCUUCACCUCUGCCUUCCAGCGCCGGGCGGGAGGUGUCCUGACCGUUUCCCACCUGCAGACCUUCCUGGAGACAGCCCAUUGCGCACUGAACCACCUGGUCUAGGCCUGAGCAAAGCCCUUUGCAUCCGGUUUAUUUAUCUCUAUUUAAUAUUUAUGCUUAUUUAAACCUACUAUUUAAAGACGGAGAAGAGAAAAUGGAGCUCCAAGCUUCUAGGCCCUUCUCUCCACUCUUGAGUUUUGUUCUCCUGCUUGUAGCAGUGAGGGCAAGCUCUUGUGUCCUCCUGUCCCCAGGGCUGGAGGGAGAUAGGUAAAUACCAAGUAUUGAUUCCUGAGGCUGCUCUAGGCACCCAGCUCUGUGGUGGUACAAAGGGCCACAGUGAGCUCUACCACCCCGAGUAAGGGGCCACGGCAGCAUCAGGAGGUCUCCCUUUUGGGAGACAAGACAACCCUGUUUAAUAUUUAAACAGCAGUGUUCCCAAACUGGGUUCUUGCAUCCCUUGCUCUGGUCAGCCAGGUUUCCCUGUCCCCAUAGGAAUGAAGGGCCUGAAGCAGAGGCAGCCAGGUUUGGCCCUGGAAUUUACUGGAUUCUUUCUGAGGGCCUUGCUGGGCUGGGAGUGUGAGAGGGGAAAGGCAGGAGGAACCCUGUGGGGGAGGGGAUGGCUACGGCACAGAAAGAGACGGGUCUACCCUCCCUGUGGGCCGCACUUGCUCGCUGUAACCAAGCCUGAGGAUAAUAAAG